AUGUUUUCAUCAAUCGAGAAAAUGAUACAGGAGGCACGUGUAGCUAGAGGCGACAUAGAGAGGCAGUAUACCCUUUACUACCGUUGUGCACAAUUAUCUAAACUGAUCUACAAACAAAAUGAUUUUGCGAAAUUCAAAGCUGAGCAUGGAGCGAUAUUUGGAUUACGGUUUAAAGAGGCGCUUGAUGAGGCGGAUAAUCUCAAGACUAUUUUAAAUAAAAAAUAUGAGGAAAAAAUGCUUCGAGCGUCACAAGAUGCUUCUGCUGAAUUGCGAGUGCUCAAAAAUAUGGGCAACGCCGCCCCUGCUGAGCGAGUGGUUCGCCCCUCUUCCAGCAUCCUGAUUAGUCCUAAGGAGUUGGUUCGGAUGGUGGAGCAGGCUCAACCCAAAAAGACUGCAGUCAUCGUUGAUUUUCGAAAGGACAAGUCCGAGCUAAUUAACUAUAGAAAUGAGCAUGUCAUUACCGUGGUCACCGUGCCGUACGACUUGAUUGUUAAUGGCUUAAUAUUUACUUCGCUGCGCAACCAGUUGGAAGUCGGUCAGCGCCCUUUGUUACAUCGAAUUGGAUCGUGUGAUCUCGUGGUACUGAUGAGCGACAGUGGUGUGGAAUUAAAAAAUGGGCAGCCUCUGCGCGGCUCAAAGGCUCAUCUACUCUCUAUGGCUUUGUAUGAGUACAAUCACGAACACCAUCCGAAAUCAUCACCGCUCUUCAUGGAUGGUGGAUUUGAUAACUGGCGGGAUCAAUACCCGAUGUAUACGAAAAGUGAUGGCACCUUGAAACGUAAUGAACCGAAGGAUCAACUGGAUCACAUGGUUAUCAACUACAAAAAAGCGUGCUUGAUGUUGGACUACCCUGAUCUAUCUCUACCACGACCAUCAGUUCAACAACCUCGUGUUGCUCGGCCAGUUGCUGGUGUUGUCCCUAAUGACAUCCCACAAAGUCAAUCACUGAAAGGCAUACCUAAUGCGUCGAUGAUAAGGGCCCAAGACGUAGAUGUUGAAAGCACUAGACGUAUGGAAACAACGUUCUCGGCUUACGACUCGGCAGUUUCCACUUCGUCAAUUAACGACACACCAUUGAUACCUCAAAGCACUGCAGCUGGUACUCCGGUACCGCCAUCACUUCCGGUAUCGCUGAAAUCUGCGGGAGACAGUGAAUUACCGGCGCCAACGUCGCAACCGCCUUCAUGUACUCAGAAAACCAUAGUACCACCCUCUGUUCCAACACCACCUUCACAGCAGCCAUCUGAUAUCUCAAAGCGUGAUCCAUGUGUCGGUCAACCUAUUGCAUCUGGUAAACUAGUACUGUUAUUUCAUCUCCGCUCUCUUCGAAAUUUAAUAGAUUCUGUGACCCAGGAUAUCAUCCAUCGGUGA